UGACUUCCUAGUAAUGGAAUUCCCAAACCUGGGUGAACACUGCUCUGAGAAGACUUGUAAACAAUUGGACUUUCUAUCUCUGAAGUGUGAUGCAUGUGAAGAUGUCUUCCGUAAAGACCACUUUGCAUGUGACCGGCACAAGUGUUCUUGUGCAUACAAAAAGGAUGUGCAGGUUCCAGUCUGUCCCCUGUGUAACACUCCCAUUCCAGUUAGAAAGGGGGAGAGGCCAGAUACUGUGGUCACUGCUCCUAUGGACCGAGACUGUAAACAGGAUUCUACCAAACAGAAGCAAAAGAUCUUCACCAUCAAGUCCUUCAACCCAGGCUGCAAAAAGAAAGAGAUGAUGAAGCUGGUUUGCAACCAGUGUUACCAGAACUUCUGCCUCAAGCACAGGCACCCAAUGGACCAUGGUUGCCAAGGACAAAACCGUGCCAUUUCCAAAGCAGGAUAUACAGCUUUAAUGAGAUCAUUGCAAUCCCAGAAGAUGGUUCUGGACUACCAAGUUCUGCAAAAUAAGUACCAAACAAAAUGCUGA